GGCCGCGCGGCCCUGCCGUAACGCGGCUCUGCGCAGCGCCCGCCGGGCCGGGCAGCCCCGCGGCGGCUCGGAGCAGCGCCCCGGCCGGGCCCGGCCCCCGCCGUGGAGCCAGUUACAAGAUCAAGGUUGACUGCCCAACAGGAGAACUGGAAAGGGAACUUCAGGGACCUCAGUCUUCUCCAGGGUAGGAUUUGCCAACCCUCAGUCACAGUCUGCGUCAGAGCGGUGUGGGCCCCAGUGGGAGCCAGGAGCAGCCAUAGCUUGUGGUGGAUCUGCUGUGCCUAUACCAUCUUAUGGUGGUGCCAGCGUCUCGCUCUGUGCCCAGGCAAGGUGAUGGACAGCAGAGCAGAGAUGGAGGUUGUGAGGAGCGCAAAGGGGAGUGCUGCUGGGGAGGUCAGCGUCCAUGUGGUCACCACCGAGAGCACUGUGCAGAGCACCCACCUGCCAACAACUGCCUUCAUCAUACCAGCAAAUGCCACUACCAUCAACCUUCCCACGAGCACCUUAGAAAUCCAGCGAUUUCCUCGGGAACCACAGAGAAGCACAGGGGCUGAGAGGCAAGAGAGGGGAGCAGGGAGUGAGCCCAUCACAGCUACUGUCAUUCCUCAGAUCAGCGGAGUGCAGACCUGCAGCACAGUCCGUGUGCUGGAGUGGAAAGAUGGGGUGGCCACUUUACCUGGGAGUAACCUGCGGUUUCGAAUAAAUGAGUACGGGACGCUGAAGGUGGUGAGUGCUGAUAAGAUGCCUCCGGUGGAAGCUAUAAAGGAGGGUCACACAGAGAAAGAUGGGGACUCAGAGGUGGCACCCACCAGCAGGGACAAUCCUACUGUGGCUCAGGAUGUGCCGGAGCAGACCAAGCUGCCGACAGCAGAAAGCAUGUGCCACUGUGAUACCUGUGGCCGAAGACAUGUGUCAGACGGAGCCCGGGAAGGCAGGGGCUUCUGCAGCGAGCACUGUCACCAGCAGUUCAAAGAAAGGUCUGUCAUUGUGGAAAACUCUGCCAGCAGCACCAGUACCACCGAAAUCCUCAAGCCAGUGAAGAAACGAAAGAGGAAGGACUACCAGAGCCCUUCGGAGGAAGAAUAUGAAUCUGAGCAAAUGGAGGAGAAGCAGGAAGAGAGGAAAAACUCUGCAGGAGACUCCGCCAUCAGCAAUCCGGAGGCUGAUGCAUGGAACGGGACUCAGCACGGUGCCAGUGAGGAGAAGAAAGAAGGCUGGUCUUGGGCGUCCUACUUGGAGGAGCAGAAAGCUGUCGCUGCCCCUUUAGAUCUCUUCCAGGAUUACCAAGUAGCUUCCCAGCACAAGAAUGGUUUUAAAGUGGGGAUGAAGCUGGAGGGGAUCGAUCCGCAGCACCCGUCUAUGUACUUUAUCCUGACAGUGGCUGAGGUGUGUGGCUACCGGAUGCGCCUUCACUUUGAUGGCUACUCUGAGUGCCAUGAUUUCUGGCUGAAUGCCGACUCCCCCGACAUCCACCCAGCUGGCUGGUUUGAGGAGACGGGGCACAAACUCCAGCCGCCCAAAGGGGUUGUAGGUUAUAAGGAAGAAGAAUUCAGCUGGACAAACUACCUGAAGAUAACAAAGGCUCAGGCAGCUCCUAAGCACCUCUUCAUGGUCCGAAACACCCACGAGGCUUCCCCAGGCUUUGAGGUGGGCAUGAAGCUUGAAGCUGUGGACCGCAUGAACCCUUCCCUGAUCUGUGUUGCCACAGUGACUGACGUGGUGGACAAUCGCUUUUUGGUGCACUUUGACAACUGGGAUGAUACUUAUGACUACUGGUGUGACCCCAGCAGUCCAUACAUCCACCCAGUUGGAUGGUGUCAGGAGCACGGCAAACCCCUCACACCUCCUCAAGAUUAUCCUGACCCCGACAACUUCACCUGGGAAAAGUACCUAAAGGAAACUGGAGCGUCUGCUGUCCCAGCCUGGGCCUUUAAAGUGCGUCAACCCCAUGGCUUCCUGGUCAACAUGAAGCUGGAGGCAGUAGACAGAAGGACUCCUUCCUUCAUCCGAGUGGCCAGUGUGGAGGAUGUGGAAGAUCACAGGAUAAAGAUCCAUUUUGAUGGCUGGAGCCACAUCUAUGAUUUUUGGAUUGAUGCGGAUCAUCCAGACAUCCACCCCAUAGGCUGGUGCUCAAAAACUGGACACCCACUGCAGCCUCCUCUCAGGCCAAAGGAACCAGCCUCCUCUGCCCACGGGAGCUGCCCAACCCUGGGCUGCAAGAACAUCCCUCACACCAAGAGCUCCAAGUACAGCUUUCACCACAGGAAGUGCCCCACACCGGGUUGUGACGGGUCAGGACACGUGACUGGGAGAUUCACAGCCCAUUACUGCCUCUCAGGGUGCCCGCUGGCAGAGAAGAACCAGGGCAGGCUUAAGGCAGACUUGUCUGACACCGAGGCCUCAACUCGCAAGAGAAACCUGAUUGGCUUCCCUCAGCGAAAGAAGUCUCGGCACCACGGGAGAGGGCGACCUCCAAAGUACCGGAAGAUCCAGCAGGAAGACUUCCAGACUAUUUCUUCAGACAAUAUGCACCAGUCUCUCUUCAUGUCUGCCCUAUCUGCCCACCCCGACCGCUCCCUGUCGCUCUGCUGGGAGCAGCACUGCAAGCUCCUGCCGGGGGUGGCUGGCAUCACAGCAACUACGGUGGCCAAGUGGACCAUUGAUGAGGUCUUUAGCUUUGUUCAGACUCUGACGGGUUGUGAGGACCAAGCCAAGCUCUUCAAGGAUGAGAUGAUCGAUGGUGAAGCGUUCCUCUUACUGACACAGGCUGACAUCGUCAAGAUUAUGAGUGUCAAGCUGGGCCCAGCACUCAAGAUCUACAAUGCCAUCCUCAUGUUCAAGAACGCUGAUGACACCUUAAAGUGACUUUUCUUGGCCCAACCGGGACCCUCCCUCAGCACUGGUGCUGCCACACUGUCUGGUCAGGACAGAGAUUCCCCCCGACCGACUGCAGCUUGUCAUGUCCUGCUCAUUUCCUCUCAGAUGUCACAUCUCUGCUCUCCUACCAGUCCAUCUUCCAUCCUCUCUCCCCCACUCCACACUGCCCUUCUCCUCCAGCACUGGGUACAGGCUGACCCCAGGCCUCAGGGGCGGCUGCAGGGACGGGGGGUGAGUGUGGGACUGGCCUGUCUUAGCGCAACAGCUGCCCCCCGUGUCCUGCUGUGACUACACCGGUUCGAGGGGGUGUGUUGAGGGAUGAGGGAGCAGUGCAGAGGGGGUGGCAGCUGGGGGCUGACACCAUUACUCAAGUCACCCAGAUAAGGGAAGGGAAUCACUGCCCGCGUACGUACUUGCACCCGUUUAAAGGCUGGUCUUUGCUUUGCUCAGCAGCUGAGAGAGAUUAUACUUUUUCCCCCCUCAGUGUGUUCCUCUGGGGGUGCUUGGACUAACAUCAUUUCCAAGGGACGCUCUCAAGGAGCUCACUUUGCCUUUAUCUCUGAAAUCUUUUGACUUUCCCUUUUAAUGCCAGAUUAUGACUUUGCUCUGCCCCUUCACUGCACUGGAAACCAGUGGCCCGCCUCUUGCCCCUUCCAGGGAGCAGUGUGUCCUGGCUGCUGCUCUGUUCAUGACCAGCAUCUCUGCUUUAUUCCUCUUUACUGUAAUGCAGCAUCCCUACGGGGCCAGGGCUGGGUGGGUGCAGAACAAGCUCCAUUUCUUCUUGUGCUUCAGACUGUCUCAGACAGCAUGUCUCUGGGAGAAAGGAUGCUUGAUUAACAUACUCCCCUUGCAGCAGUUAAAGUCCUCUGCAAAGGACAGUCGGGCCCUCUUUUGGUCCAUGUAUUAGGAGCAAGGCCCUUGCUAGAGCAGAGGCAGCUGCCAAGGACAAGAAGCAUCCAUUCCUCUGUAGGCAGAUCCACGGCUCAGUUUUGAAGGCAUUCCUGAGUUGUCUGACUCGAUCCUGCCACCUGCCUUCCCCCCCUUUUUUUGCCCUCACAAGGCCCCCAGGUUUUGCUGUCUGAGGAGCAGGAUCUUCUUCUGUCCCUGGAUUCCUUGCCUGCAGAGCUAAAAGAAAUUCAGCAGUUAACUGGGUUUUUUUAUGUCCUUUUAGCAACAUAGCACCUCUUCAACAAGGGUGCAGGCACUUUGGGAAUGCCCGUGUGAUGCUGUCCCCUGUAAUGGAAGGGAGGCUGAGUAGGGUAAAACUCCAGAGCCAGGAAAGCCAGCAUUGCCUGGGGGGUCCUGGCAGCAUCCCAGGCAGCUUCUGAUAGUCCCCACGUGUCCUGGCAUCACCCGUGUUGCUCUCGCUGUGGUCUGUCAUCCUCCUGUGCACGCCUGCUGUGGGUGCUGUUGGAGCAGUGGUGUGGCAGUGCCGUGCUGGAGGGCAGCCUCCUGCCCCAAGGGCUCUCCAUAGUCUGCAGUGAUGUGAUCCAAAUCCCAUGUCUGCUGUCUUUCUGAUUCCCAAGAAUGAUGUAUCAGUAGCAAGACAAUUUUCUUACUUCCCCGGUGCCCAAAGAUGGGGAUGAAGGGAUCUUAGCAAGUGCACCAGCAAUGUGUCUUGGAGCAGCGCUGCCUUGGGAGCCACUGUCACACCUGGGUCAAUCUGUUCUCGGCUUCCCAUGGAAAUGUAGCAUUUUGACUCUUUCUAAUUGAAUAUUUGGGGUCACAUUUGACCUGCUCUUGAAACGUCUGCUGCUUGCUCUUCAUGCAGGAUUUUCAACUACUCUGUGUAUUUGUUCUGUCAAUGCUUGGGUUUGAUUUAGGCAGCUCUCCCUGUCCUUUCCUUUCUUAUUUUCUUCCAUCUCUUCAAGCAUUACAGUGUGGCCAGCUGUGGAGAGAAGGGGAGUGGGAAGGAACAGCCAUGUCCCUGGGUCCCACAGUCACUUCUCAAGUCACCCUUGGUCUGCAGUUAAUGGUCCUGAAGUUGGUCUCUUCAGUUGAUUGGGAGGCUCUCUGGGCCACUGCGCUGGGGGAGAAGAGGAGGAGCCCUGGGACCUUCAGCUGUGAGAGUCUGUGCGAAUGGUGCUGAGACCUCUCCAGGUAUGAUCUGGAACAGAACAGCUCCCUUGCACAGGACAUGGUUAUUGGGCUUAGAAGGAAACAUCUUACGAAAGCAUCCUGUUCUCAUCUGCUCCGUUCCCUCGUGCUGUUGGAGAAGGGACUAAGCACCAUCCCUGGGUGCUGGGAGAGGCGUUCCUACCCAGAUGUUAGAUCUGAAAUUAGCGUGAAGGAUGGAGGGCCUUGUCUCACGGGGCUGCCCUGGAGAGCAGAGGUGAUGGUGAGCUCAGAAGAUCCCUGCUGAAGGGGAAGAGGAGCCAUGAGCCGAGCCACGGCCGGCCCACAAGACUGGGUAUAACCAACAGCACCAGCUCUUGCUCUGCUGUGGGAUGCGGUCAAGCCGUGCUCUGCCUGGGCACCAGCAGUAUUCUGGAGGGGCGUGAUGCAGCCGCGCCAGCCGCGGGCAUCGGAAGGAAGCUGUGCCCGUGGGGGUGCUGCCCCACCUGGGUUCUUUUGACCUCCCUCUCAGAGAGCAGACGCAAACUGGAUGGGACUGCUAAGGUGCUCCCCCUUGGCUGUGGGUCUGGCUGCACAGCUGGAGCCCAGGUCUCCGCUGGGUCUGAGCUCUGUGCAGGGAGCAGCCCCACGGGAAGGGUGAUGUGAGAUGGGAAGGUCUCUGUUGCACACACUUCCCUGCUGUCUUGAGCAGCCUCUGGGGCUGACUCAGCUAGUUGGGUACAGAAUUUCUGGCUUCAUCUGGAUGAGAGAGUUACAGGGUUUUUAGGUGGUCAAGGGCUAUUUACUGUUAAAACUUAUAACCUUGUUUCCUUUUAAAACCAAACCAAACCCAAAGCAGUGUGUGUGUGUGUGUGUGUGUGUGUGUGUGUGUAAGGUUGGGUGUUUGUAGAAGUACCAUGACACCAUUUCCCCUGCUGUUGGUGUGUUGCUGUUUUAAUGUGAUGGUCUCUGUGGCUGUGGAGGUGGCAGGCUCUGUGGUCCCAGGGUCUCGGGCAAUGUGUCCUCCAUGAGCAGAAGUUGUCUCUGGUCCCAGCAGGGAAGUGAGGAGGAGGAGGAAGGUUUGCUGCACCCCUGGCCUUGGCAGGUCCUCCACAGAGCAUUGAUUGGGAGUCCCCACUCAGGGAGCAUCAAGGGCAGCAGUGACCAAGGCAGAAGCACCAAAGGUUUUCAUCCUUCCCCUGUUGCCUGACCAAACUCCUCCCAGGGGUGGCCGCUGCCAUGUCGCUGAGAAGCUGGAGAGGGCAAUGGGGCUGAGUGGCCCAGAGGUUCCCCUCUGGGGUCUUCCUGAGAGAUGUGACUGCAGCCAAAAUUUCUAAGUCAGUGAAGAAUUUUUCAAGUCAAAUGUUUUUCUGAGCGGAGGCCCCCAAGCCUGUGCUUCUGUCGCUCCUGCCACUGCAGACGGUGUUGGCAAGACUUAGCUGGAGCCGUGGGAAUGUCCCAGCACAUGCUCCAGCCGCGGGCACAGGGUGUCCUCUGGGGGGGCUGGCCUGCAGGUGACUCCAGCUGCGUGGGAGCAGUUGGAGCCUCUCAGGAAAGUGCUUAUCCCUCCGUGGGGAAAUGGGCAGCAUCGGGGUGGUGCAAGGGCCAAGGUCUCCAUUUCUGUGAGAGGAUCCAGCCUGAAGCUUGGUGAGGAGAGUGGCCAUGCCCACCUCGGCGGAGCACAGCUGCCUGCUUCUGCUUUCCAGUGAUGUCCAGGUCGGGCACAAGCACUUUUAGCCAAUGCAACCCUCCAACUUGCCCAGGAGGGUUGAGGGCGUAGGGCAGCUGCCACCUGCAGAGGUAAAUCUGGGGACGUGAGUGCAAUGAGAGGAGGUGGAGGAGAGGAGGGAGGUGUGAGAGGGAUGUGACCUGGCCACUUCUCCUUUGUUCCUCACUCCUUAACCCCCGGGAGCGGACCCCUCGGUGCAGAGGAGAGGGAAAAAUCUGGGAGCUGCAUCCAGGCUCCCUCCAAUCCACCCCUGGCCUCUGGGGCCUGAGGCUCGCUCGUCCUUGGAGGGA